UUUCGACCGUUUAUAUUUGAAGUAUGUACGCAGUUUUUCCAGAGUAGCGGACUCAGUGAACUCCUCCGCCGCUGACUGGAUGAUGGCUGUGCCCCCGCUCAUCAACUCCUUCCUGCUGUCGAGACCCACAUGAGGAGCGCUUCCGUCCGGCCGCACCGACACGCCGCCCGCUGCUGCUGGAUCAUCGUUUCGUUUCGUUUCGUUUAUCUGAUACAGUCCAGCUCUGCCGAAGACCAGCAAUGGAGCCCUGAAGCGAGCAGUAAGAUGUGUGAACCCUGCAUUUGUGUAGAAGAUUGGAGUGAUCCUAUAGUGGAAACAAGCUAACCCACACAUGGCCUGCGAGUCGGCUUUACCUGCCAUCAUGGACGAGCAGGCCCUCAUGGGGCUGAACCCCAACGCCGAUGCAUGCUACCGGCAAAGAGCACUGGCGUAUUUUGAGCAGCUGAAGGAAUCUCAGGAUGGCUGGGAGGUUUGCGGUGAGGCUUUGGCUAAAGGAAUCUACAGUGAUGACCAUGUGAAGUUCUUCUGUUUUCAAGUACUGGAGCAUCAGAUCAAAUACAGGCACGGGAGCCUCACUGGAGCGCAGCAGCAGCUGAUUAGAGAGACUCUGAUGAAAUGGCUGCAGUUGCAGUUGAUGAGCACGCAGUCAGAGAAACCCUUCAUCAAGAACAAGGCUGCCCAAGUGUUUGCCCUGACCUUCAUUAUGGAGUACCUGACAGUGUGGCCCAAGUUCUUCUUUGACUUGCUCUCAUUGGUGGGCCUGAGCCCUCAUGGUCUUGACAUCUACUUGCGCACUCUCAUGGCCAUUGAUGCUGAGGUGGUGGACAGGGAUAUCUUGCAUUCACCUGAGGAGACACGCAGGAACACACUGAUUAAAGACAGUAUGCGGGAGAACUGCAUCCCGGCUCUGGUGGAGUCCUGGUACCAGAUCUUGCAGACGUAUCAGCAGAGCAAUAGCGAGCUGACCUGCCAGUGUCUGGAGGUGGUAGGAGCGUACGUCUCCUGGAUCGACCUGAACCUCAUUGCCAAUGACAGGUUUGUGAAUCUGUUAUUGAGCCAUAUGUCAGUGGAGGAGCUGAGAGAGGAGGCCUGUGACUGUCUCUUUGAGAUUGUAAAUAAGGGUAUGGACCCUGUGGACAAAACCAAACUUGUGGAGUCUCUCUCCCAAGUUCUGCAGUCUGCUGGGUUUUUCAUUGUAGAGCAGGAGGAGGAUGUGGACUUCCUGGCAAAGUUCUCACGACUGGUGAAUGGGAUGGGCCAGGCUCUGGUGCUAAGCUGGACUAAACUCAGUAAGAUGGGAGACGUGAAGGUUGCUGCAGAAACGCUGCGAGCACUGGAGGCCAAGGUUCCUCUGAUGCUACAGUUGCUCAUCCAUGAGGACGAUGAUAUUUCAGCUAACAUAGUGGGAUUCUGUUACGACUACCUGCACAUACUUAAACAACUCCCUCUCCUUACUGAUCAGCAGAAGAAUAAUGUUGAGGCUGUCAUGCUGGCUGUUAUGAAAAAACUGACAUAUGACGAUGAGUACAACUUUGAAAAUGAGGGUGAGGAUGAGGCGAUGUUUGUGGAGUAUAGGAAGCAAUUGAAGAUGCUGCUGGAUCGCCUGGCUCAGGUCUCCCCUGAACUCUUGCUAGAGUCCGUGCGCAGAGUCUUUACCAGUACCAUGCAGAACUGGCAAACAGCACGAUUCAUGGAGGUGGAAGUAGCAAUACGGCUGUUCUACAUGAUGGGGGAGGCACUGCCUGCAUCACAUGGUGCUCAUUUUACAGGGGAUGCCACCAAAUCCAGCGCUCUACAGGACAUGAUGAGGACGCUCAUCUCCAGUGGAGUAAGUGAGUACCACCACACCUCGGUCACUCUGGAGUUUUUUGAGACUGUCGUACGCUACGACAAGUUUUUCAUUGUGGAACCGCAGCACAUUCCAAAUGUCCUGAUGGCAUUUCUAGACCAUCGUGGUCUGAGACACAGCAGUCCAAAAGUGCGCAGUAGGGUGGCUUACCUUUUCUCCAGGUUCAUCAAAACGCUACAUAAGCACAUGAAUGCCUACAUUGAGGACAUCCUGAGCCGAAUACAGGACCUGCUGGAGUUGGCUCCUCCUGAAAAUGGCUUUCUGGCACUGUUGAGCAACGAUGACCAGCUAUUUAUGUUUGAGACGGCUGGUGUUCUGAUUGUGAACGGAGAGUGUCCAGCGGACAGAAAACAGGCUCUGAUGCGCAGUCUUCUCACCCCGCUGAUGGAGGCUUUUCGCUUGCUCCUCGCCAAGCUGACUCAAGAGGCUGAUGAGGAGAGACAGACGGCCCUUGCUGACUGUCUGAGCCAUGCAGUGGGCUUUGCCAGCCGUACCAGUAAGGCAUUCAGUAACAAGCAGACGGUGAAGCUGUGUGGCUGCUCUGAGGUGUAUCUGGAUUGCCUGCAGACCUUUCUGCCUGCUCUGAGUUGUCCAGUGCAGCGGGGCACUCUGCGCAGUGCUGUGCGUUCCUUUCUCCAUCGCAUGAUCAUCUGUUUAGAGGAGGAGGUGCUGCCCUUCAUUCCAGCAGCAUCUGAGCACAUGUUGAAAGACUGUGAGCCAAAAGACCUGCAAGAGUUUAUCCCCCUCAUCAACCAGAUCACAGCCAAGUUUAAGAGCCAGGUAUCUCCCUUCCUGCAGCAAGUGUUUAUGCCGUUGGUUCUGGCAAUUUUUGAGGUGUUAUCUCGGCCUGCAGAAGACAACGACCAGACUGCAGCCCUUGAGAAUCAGAUGCUGAGAAGGAGUUACUUUAGCUUCAUCCAGACCGUUGCCAGCAGUGGCAUGAAUGAAGUCAUGGCCAACCAAGGUGCAGAAAAUAUUGAGCGUGUGCUGUUCACAAUCAUCCAGGGAGCGGUUGACUUUCCUGACCCUGUUGCCCAGAAGACCUGUUUCAUCAUCCUCUCUAAACUAGUGGAGCUAUGGGGUGGUAAAGACGGUUUGGUUGGGUUUCCAGACUUUAUCUAUAAACACAUUGUCCCAGCCUGCUUCCUGGCCCCUCUCAAACCGACCUUUGACCUUUCAGAUGCCCAGACUGUCCUGACCUUAUCUGAGUGUACACUGACGCUGAAAAUUAUUCAUCUCAAGAGGGGUCUGGAGUUUGUUCAGUUCUUGCAGCAGGAGUACUUGCCCUCUCUACAAGUCUCACCUGAAAUCACACAGGAACUGUGUCAAGUGCUACAACAACCAGAUACCAAGGUUCUGAAAAACUACAUGAAGGCAUUCUUUCAGCGAGCCAAACUGUAAAAAAAACUGGAAGUUAAAGGGUUACAGAAACUCCAGUCCAAGGGGACGACAGUUGUCAGUGCCACUUACAGUACAACAUAAAGACAGAGUUUAGCAUAGGCUGCUUUUGCACUUAAAGAGAGAAGCUUAACCACACCCAUCCCUGGUGUAAGGGAAAUGGUGCCGUAACGGGACUCUCGCGAGGAUGAGCUAUCACAACGGUGACCACAGCCCUCCAGUGACCUAGGCCCAGUCAGAGUCGUGCUCUUCAUGUGGAUUUAACCUCCUGGUGUUGGGAAGGAUGCCCAUGAUCAGCCAACGUGACUGGGCAGAAUGCUAGUGGGAGACUGGAAGGGGUUUUGAUCGAAGAGAAAUGUCUGUCCCAACUUCACCCUUUCCUACCGAAACGAGGAACAAAAAAAGAAAAAUUGGCACUUGAAAAUAUGAAACUAUCUCAGUAAUAUUUUGUAUUUGUAAGAGAGUGUUUUCUUGGUUUAAACAAUCUGUAGGGAGUUUAAAAAAAACUAGAAUUUAAAGAUAUGAAGAUAUUUUUGAUUGAGUGGUUGAAACGAGGUUUCUCUAAUGAGUUGGAGCAGAAGAAGGGCUGGUUUGAGACAAUUUUAUUUAAUGACUGAUUUGAUUUUUCCUUUUAUGUUGUAGAAGGGAAGUAUUUAGGUUUUACUUUGAGUUUAUUGGGAGGAAUAUGAAAGUGCUCUUGAUCCUGGCCUGGGUCCUGGGUCUGAAACAUUUUGUCCCAUUCUUGUCAGAUGUGAACAGUUAAAUGAUCAGAAUCUGCUUCUCUUUCUGAUUUGUAAAAUAAAUAUUUUUUUUUGUUGAUGGCAUGUUAAAUGCAGUAUAACCCACUUAAACUGUACAGUCCCUCACUGCGCUGUCUUAAAGCAGUUAGACAUCACUUGCCAGCGAAACACUAAACGAAUAGCAAACCUGAUGAAAAGAUCAAGGGAAAUGACAAUAUGUAGACAUCAAAAGACAUUUUAACAUCCAUUUGAAGCUCUCAUUCCUACGAAUUAUGCAAAGUCAGCCUUUUCUGCUCCUACAUUCUGGCAAAAAUCUGCAUUUGUACAUUACUGCCAGUCUGAGGGCUCAGCUAGUGUCUCUGUGGCUGUGAUGUUUCAGUGUUGGCCAGCAGGGCUGUUUAGUACUGUAGAGGAACAGUUUUAUGACACAGACUGCAUGUUAGAAUUGCACAAAUUUAGGCUGUUCUGGCUAAAAUUAAGAAAAAUAAAACCUGUUUAAAACUUUAAUAAUAAUGGGCAGGAUUAGACGUUGUAUGAGCAGAUGGUGUUGAAGCACGUGGUAAAUUACUUUUAUAAAAGCUUCAGUUCAAUGAAGCUUGAUUUUAAAACAUGCAGUUUGCAAUGAUCUGGGAGGCUUAAUGUUGGCCUUGUGUCUCGAAAACUAUCAAAUCCUGUCUUUGCAAACCCAAACUGUAACAUGACGUUGAGUUGCAUAGGAAAAAACAGGUGGGUCGGGGCAGGAUCAUUAUAAAUCUGAAUGGUUCUAGAAGGCAGAGGUGACCAUCUUCGGAUGAGGGUUAGGACGGAAUCUUUGCCCCUUCUAAUGAGUACAUAUUGGUCCGUAAUGCAGGCCAUGUAAUACAUACAAAACUGGUUUGAUUUGAUUCCUGGGUUCUGCUCAAAAUGUCUCAAAGAAUAAAGUUUUAUGCUCUUUUUCAUAUUCCUCGGUUUUUCUAUGAAUCACUGCUAGUGGUCUCAAGUCAUACUAAAGCAUUGUAUCACAUGCUGGAUUGUUGGAUUUAAAUAAAGCAAACAUCUGGUCUUCUCCUGAA